GGUGAGGUUUUGUCGUGGUGACGUCACGGCGGCCUGUGUGUGCGUGCGUGUGUGUUUGUGUGUGUAUUGUAGCGAAGAGGUGGCGCGCCGGAAAGCUACAGGGCAGCCAUAGACGAGCAUUGAUCUAAACUAAACUUCAGGGCCUUCGUCCGUGUUCACCCUUCACGUCUCACCUCGGGCCGUCAGAACGAGUCCGUGGCAGCUUUUGUGAGGGACGGAAGACUCGCUAGCAUUUGUUUGUGCGUGCGGAGCGGGCGUUUUGGCCUUGUCAACUUGGCUAGCAUUAGCUAACGCCAGGCCCAGCUAGUGCUAGCAGUGGAGCUUACUUUUCUCUUCUUAAAGCAAAACAAGGAAUGAGUGAUGACCUCUGUGGUAGUGUCAGACGGUGGAGGGAACAUAGUGGAGUAUGUCACUGUGGUGGAGGAGUCCCAACAGUGUGAGCAGCAGCCGGUUGAGGAGGAGGAAGAGGAGGAGGAAGAAGAAGUGGUUCAGCAGGAAGUGGAGGCAGUGAUCGUGGAGGGUGGAGAGGAAGUGGAGGAAGAUGUGGAGGAGGAGGAGGAGGGCGUGGUGCUGCAGGAAGAGGGAUGUCCGGCAGUGAUCGUGGAGGAGGUGCCCAGUGCCCAGGUGGAGGAGUGCUACUCGGCACAAGUCCUGGUCUACGAUGAUGAGACGUUCCUGAUGCAGGAUGUGGCUGAGGAGCAGGAGGUGGUCACAGAGGUGGCUGAGACUGUGGAGAUGUCGGGUCAUGACAUGGUGUGUUUUGACAAAACGUUUGAAGCAGCUGAAGCUCUUCUCCACAUGGAAUCUCCUGGAGGGCUGCAUAGCGAACGCAACACAGCAGAGGAUGUGAUGAUGGAGACGGUGGUGGAGGUGUCAACAGAGUGUGGACCCAUAGAGGAGGAGUCCUUCCCCAUCCCUCCUGACUGUGAGCCUGCUGCCAAGAAGAAGAGAGGAGGUGGACGUAAGCCCAAGACACACCAGCCUGCUUCCAAUGGUUCCUUUGACCUGGGGAUCAAAAAGAGAGCGAGAGAGGGCAAAGGUAACACCACCUAUCUGUGGGAGUUCCUGCUGGAGCUGCUGCAGGAUAAAAACACCUGUCCCAGGUACAUCAAGUGGAUGCAGAGGGAGAAAGGCAUCUUCAAACUGGUCGACUCCAAAGCUGUGUCCAAACUGUGGGGAAAGCACAAGAACAAGCCUGACAUGAACUAUGAGACCAUGGGCCGAGCCCUGAGGUAUUACUACCAGCGUGGGAUCCUGGCAAAAGUGGAGGGUCAGCGGCUGGCCUACCAGUUCAAAGACAUGCCCAAGAACAUCAGGGUGAUAGAUGACGAGGAGGACGGAGAGGAGGUGGAGGACGGCGAGAGCGUGGUGUCCAGCCAGCACCUGGUUCACAAGCAGGGCCCUGCCAGCCUUGGCACCAACUCCCCUACAGCCACCCAGCCACAGCAGACCUAUGUCACUGUCAUCCCCAGCAACGCCACCACCAGGCCCAUCCGAGCCAUGCCACUGGUCAUGACCAACUCAUUGGGCCAGGUGACGUUAAACUCCUCCUCCAUUCUCACCACGGGAGUCCCCGUAACGAUAGGCAACGCCUCUGCCAGCGCCCCCCCCAAACUGGUCAUCCAGGCCCUGCCCACUAUGCUGCCUGCCGGCUCCAAAGCAGGAGAAAAGAUCACCAUCAUCACCAUCCCAGCCAACCAGCUGGCCACGCUCAUGCAGGGCAACCCGUCAGGCCACAUCACGCAGCUCAUCCAGGCUAAACCUGUUGCUACGCAGUUAGCGCAGGCUGCAGCCAAACCAGCUGCCACUGCACCCACGGUCCAUCUAACGGCAGGCCGGCCGACACCGCAGCUCAUCCUGGCCAAACCAGCGGCAGUGGCCCAGCAACUGCCACAGCUCUCUGUUCAGGUCAGCCAGCCUCAACCCGCUCCGCCCAAAGCCUCCAUCGAGGCCCCGAAGCCCUCCAGCAGUCAGCCGGAGGCAGCGCAGUCGGAUGCAGCGCAAUCAGAUGCAGCGACUGAGGCUCCGCCCCCCUCAAGUCCACCAGCAGCAUCAGCAGAAACUCCCUCAUCCUGAAAGGAGCCUGGGCCACCAGGGGGGUGGGGGGGAUGCAGGAACUGACUGUGGACACUGCUGAGGAAGUGCAGAACACAUCCCACUCCCCCAACUGCCACAGAGCACAGUCCUCUGUGUCUCAGACUGUCAGAUGCCCAGGGAGACGCCUGCUCUGACUCUGGAGCUGCUGAAGCCCCAUAAAGGAUUAAAGGGACUGUUGUAGAAACACACACACACACACACACACACACACACGCACACACACACAAACAUGCACACACCCACAGGUCCUUCACAGCUCAGAGACAUGGGCAGCCUUAGAUUGUAAAUGAAAAUGUCCUUUUUGUAAUCAAAUGUAAUAUAAAAAGCCUGACAGACUUUGUUGUAAACAGAAAUGUACAAAGCAUUUUUGAUACUCAGCAGUAUGUAUGAGUACAGCCGUAGUUUGUUUCAGUCAAUGGUUUGUCUGCAGACCUCUGUUACCCCACAGCACUGUCACAUUUUCCCAACACUUGUCGUCCUUUUUUUACUGUUCAUGCAAAGGGAGUGAAAGGAUGUCAAUGUCAAGAUAAGACAACUAAAUGGUGUGCUCCACAUUGAAGUAUAAUAUACUAUUUUUUUCUUGUACUAUCAGUGUAUUGAAGUAGAUUUUACUGAAAUAUGUAUUAUAAAAAACAGCAAAUGUGAAUGAAAA